GACCCGCCUCCUCCUCCUCCUCCUCUCCGGGAGUCUUUCAGGGAGAGGGAGCCAGGGCUGCCAAGGGCAGGGAGCCGGGGCCUCCGGGGCCGGGGCGGCGGGGCUGCUGCUGCUCCAGGGCCGGCUUUGCUGGAGAGUUCCUGCAGGGCAGCAGCCGAAGGGGGCUGGGCCUCUCCUCCUCCUCCCUUUCCCCCUUAAGUCCCUUCUUCUCUUGGCGGGAGGAGCAGCAGAGGGAGAGGGAGGCGGGCCCUGGCUCCUGGGGCGGAGGAGGAGGAGGAGGAGGCCAGGAGCAGCCGGAGGCCGAGGCGGCGGCGGCGGCGGCGGGGUUCCUGGGCCGGAGCUCUGGGGGCCUCCCUGGGGCGGCAUGGCUUCUUCUUCCUCGGAGGUCGGGGGCCCUUCUCCGAGGCACGCCUGCGGUCUGCUGCGGGGCCUGGCGGGGCUGCGGGCGGAGGGGGCCCUGCUGGACGUGACGCUGGUCUCGGAGGGCGGCGGGGAGUUCGGGGCGCACCGGGCGGUGCUGGCGGCGGCCUCGGGCUACUUCCGGGCCAUGUUCGCGGGGGGCCUGCGGGAGUCCCGGGCGCGGCGGGUGCGGCUGCACGGGGUGGAGGCCGAGUGCCUGGCCCGCCUGCUGGACUUCGCCUACUCGGGCCAAAGGGAGGCCCUGGCCCUGGACCAGGACGAGGGCCAGGAGGCGGAGGAGCAGGAGGCCCGGGGCCCGCUGGCCGAGCGGCUGCUGCGGGCGGCCGACCUGCUGCAGUUCCCGGCGGUGAAGGCGCUGUGCGGGGCCUGGCUGGCCGAGCGCCUGGAGCCCUCGCUGGCGCUGGAGGCCCAAGACUUCGCCGAGGCCUUCGCCUGCCCGGCCCUGGCCCGCGCCGCCCGCCGCUGCGUCCUCCGCCACGCCGCCCGGGAGGAGGAGGAGCUGGAGCCGGGGCAGGAGGAGGGGGGCCUGGGGCGGGCGCUGCUGGCGCUGCCGCUCUCCCGUCUGGCCGGCUACCUGGGUGACGACGGGCUCCGCGUGGCCAAGGAGGAGGCCGCCCUGGGCCUGGCCCUCCGCUGGCUCCGCGCAGACCCGGCCUCCCGGGCGCCGCUGCUGCCCCAGCUGCUGGCCCACGUCCGGCUGCCCUUCGUCCGCCGCUUCGCGCUGCUGGCCCGCGUGGAAGGGGAGCCGCUGGUGGCCCGCUCGCCGGCCUGCCUGCGCCUGGUGGCCGAGGCCCGCCUCUUCCAGGACGGACGCCUGGACCGCCACGACCGCGGGCCCUGCCCCCGCCUCCGGCCCCGGCCCUCCACGGGGCUGGCCGAGGUGCUGCUCUGCCUGGGCGGCUGCGACCGACACUGCGACGAGCUGCUGGCCCUCGACUGCCUCCUGCCCCGCAGCCGCCAGUGGAGGAGCCUGGCCGAGCUGCCCGAGGCCCUGCAGGGGGGCUACGCCGCCGCCGCCCGAGGCAACGACCUCUACCUGACCGGUGGCUCCGAUGGCUCCCGUCUGUACGACUGCGUCUGGCGCUACAACUCGGGCGUGAACGAGUGGACGGAGGUCUCGCCCAUGCUGAAGGCCCGGGAGUACCACAGCUCAGCGGUGGUGGACGGCCUCCUCUACGUUGUGGCCUCAGACAGCACAGAGCGCUACGACCACACGCUGGACGCCUGGGAGUCGCUCCAGCCCAUGCCCUACCCCAUGGACAACUGCUCCACCACCGCCUGCCGGGGGAAGCUCUAUGCCACGGGGUCCCUGGCCGGGAAGGAGACCAUGGUCAUGCAGUGCUAUGACCCGGAGCUGGACUUGUGGUCGCUUGUCAACUGUGGGCAGCUGCCCCCCUGGUCCUUUGCACCCAAGACAGUCACCCUCAGUGGGCUGAUGUACUUUGUCAGAGACGACUCGGCUGAAGUAGAUGUAUACAAUCCAGCCAAGAAUGAAUGGGACAAGAUCCCCCCAAUGCUCCAGGUGCACGUUGGGGGCAGUCUGGCUGUUCUGGGUGGGAAGCUCUACGUCUCUGGCGGCUACGAUAACACCUUUGAACUCUCGGGGAUGGUGGAGUCGUAUGACCCGGAAACACGCAAGUGGAGCGUGGCCGCACAGCUUCCAGAGCCAGUCUUCUGGCACAGCAGUGUCAGCAUCUUCCGGCAGUUCAUGCCUGAGAGCCUGGAGGAGGACGAGGAGGAAGAGGAAGAGGAGACCCUCUUGGACAAUGGCCCCAGCCUCAGCCGCCAGCGCCACCAGAACCUGCACAGCCGGAAUCUGAACGAGUUGCGCUAACAGGAGGAAAGGGCCUCUGCUCACCCCAAGGGUUUACCAUCACUCUGACAGAGCUUCUGGAGGUUGGGGCAAAGACUUGGCAUGGCCAGUGAAGAGGGCAAUCUCGCCACAAAACAGUUUCUCUGUGUGGCCAGAGAGGGGGACAGCAUACCCUAACUGGGAAGUGGUGGGAAAGGGAUAGGAUCUGGGAGCCCAGCUCUUCCCUUCAGAGUGGGAACCCCAGAAGCUCUUGCCCGACAGCAUCUGCCUUAUGAGAACAUUGAGAUCCCUCUGGCCCAAGGAUCCAGCGGUUGUUGGAAUCAUGUUAGGCCAUUGCGCAAGUAUGAAAGUCAUGGGGCUGCUGGUUUUGCUUUCUCAGAGGUUGCGUAUGUUUGGUCUCUCAUGCUGCCAUUUGUUCUACAAGGAUGCACACACAUAAGUACACACACACAACCUGGUCUUUAAAAGCUUCAAGAAUUGUGGCUGUUAUCUGCUUUCUAUAAGCAGAAGGAAUCAUAGAAGUCCUAUCUGAGGUCUUUAAAGGGUGUGCCCUGUCUCUCCUCUCUGACUGUCUGGCUAACUUUGAGUGCUGCAUGGCUUGGCAGAAGAGGCAGCAAAGAAGGGGCAUAGGAUCAUAGGAGUCAGAGGGGUCUCCAUCUACUCCAACGCCCAUUGCCAGUGUGAAUUGCAGCCAAAUUGGCCUUCUUAUUCUCCCAUUGCCUGUGUGUUGUAUCUGCACUGAAGCCCCCCAUUCCCAUUGCAGCACAGAGCACUAGUUCUCCAGGUGUUUUGGACUUCAGCUCCCCAAAUUCCUGGCUGGAAUAUCUAGGAGUUGAAGUCCAGAACACCUACGUUUAAGUUAAGCCUUAACAUAGUAUUGCAAACAGUAUGUGAUAAGCUAGUCUGUUCCGGGCCUUGGAGAAAGAGAAGAUGAAAUUGUUGCAAAGAAGACAUUUGGACUGGAAUUGUGUGUCUUAAGUCUUAGCUAGGGAAAAUCCAUGGAAUCAGUUUUUGAAGAGUGAAUCAACACACAGGCAAACCUCAUUGGUUCAAUGGGUGUGCUAUAGACAGGGUUUAGGCCUCAAUAUGCAAACAGAAGUUGCCAUGGUGUGAUUUACAGAAGAGCUCUGUGUUCAUGGACAUUGCUGUGGGUCUAAACAUCCCAAAUUGUUUGGGUGCCUUUAGUUUGACAGAAGUGUUAUUUUUGAGUCAGUGAAUGAAACUUCCUGGGAGAACGUUGUUGCCUUCUAUCUUCCUUGCCAAAGUCUUUGCGGCUUAAUUUUUUAUUUUUCCUUAAACUCAACCCGGCGCUGCUUCCUCAGAGAGACCUGCCAGGUCUUAGGAGUGUUUCUCCAAGAUGACAAUAUUAAAUUUCCCAAGUCCCAUUUUAAAAAUACACAGCAGCAAAUAGCCAUGGCUUCACCACCCACAGGCCAUGCCUUGUGCCAACCACUCCUCUGUGGCUCAAAUCCCAAAUCCUCUGCCCUCUGGGAAGGAAGGCCCUGCUGUCCCUGUUUACAGACACUGGAGUUGCUGCUGCUGCUGCUGCUGCCAACAACUUGUUUUCCAUACCACUUAAGAUGUUAAGAAUGAAGUGUUUUGCGCUGGGCUGUUCAACAAGUAGCAUUGUUUUUGGAGAGAGGGGGUCAUACUCAGUGCCAAAUCUGUGAUCAUCUUGGGCGUCACUCAACCCCAGAUGAACAGCUUUUUUAAUUUAUUUACCUUCUAAUGUAGAUAGCUGUGUGUUCAGCCUUAAUUACUGUACUGUAAUAUUUACUAAAGCAAAAGUAUUAUAUUUUUAAAAACCCCUCCCCCUAAUCUUUUUAGAACUUGGAAAUCAAGUGUUAAAUAAAAGUGUGUUACGGAGA